AUGACACCAAACGUCUUCGACAAGCACAAGCACAUCCUCUCCGGAGUGUGGACGCUGAUCUCAGCCGAGAUGUACGACUCCGAGGGUCCGGACCGAAAGCUGCUCAGCAAACCGUACGGCGACGACCCACAGGGCAAAGUGGUCAUCUCAAACUCGGGCUUCCUGCUCGCGACGCUGGUGGCGCCCCCGGGCCUGGAACCGCUGGAGUCCACCGAGCCCACGGACGCCGAGGUGCUGCGCAUCGGCCGCAGCCUGACCUCGUACGGUGGCUUCAUGACGCUGUCCGAGCAGGCCGACGGGUCGCUGUUGUGGCACACCCAGGUCGAAAUCGCCUCCAACCCGAGCUGGAUCGGGAAGCCGCAGACCCGCGUGGCACGCUACACCAAGGCCGCCGACGGUGGGGAGUACAUGAUGCUCAACCCGGUCAAGUGGUAUACGCUCAAGGAUGGGAGACAGGCACGGGGAGAGUUCAACUGGCGCAAGAUCGGUUCUUGA